CUGGACACACCUGAAACUAAAUACAGCGAAGAGCUCGAUGCGUAUGCAAAUCUUCUUGAAGAUGAAGCCGUAGGCUCUUCUCCAGCUGCUCCAGUACGGCCGGUACCGUUAGGAAUUGAAGCCAAGAGUGAUGGUGAAAUCCCGCCAGAAAUAUGGCCUGAGGAUGAUCCAUAUGAACAAGUAAUUCGACAGUCAGUAGCUGCUAUAUGCUCAUCGGUUGGAUUCGAUGCCAUCGAUGCAAAUAUUCUGGAAACCCUAGCGCAGCGCUUGAAAAAUUAUGUAUGUUCGAUUAGUUUGGGAGCGAAAUUGCAUUGUGAAGUUGCUGGCCGAACUAUCCCCAUAGCUACGGAUGUAUGGUUAGCCUUGGCGGAUAUAGGGCACAAGGUCGAUCAGCUCCCAGGAUAUCUACGUCAUCUUCGCGUCACAGGAACGAUUGCUAUUGCUCCACCACUGUUGAGCGUCAGAACCUCCACUUGCUACCUCUCAAUGCUGCGUGGCAAUCUCGUCCUCAUCCUCCUUAUGUCCAUGAAUUCUUCCCACCAUUUCCAGAACCGCAUACCUAUAUCCACACGGAGGUAUUUUUCUUCGAAUUUUGAAGCUUAA